UAGAAAUAUUAAUGUAGAAAUAUUAAUGUAGAAUCAAAAAUCUGCUUAAGAUAUAAAUAUUAAUACAUUUAAAAUACAAAAACAUCUUUUGCGACGGAAAAGUUAAGGUUGACUUUUGUAGGAGAGAAUUUCUAACCGGCACAGUGUUGAGGUUAUGUUUGGAUACUGGAACUGUUUUGAGAUAUGGGAACUGACGUGUAGACAAAAAACGAACAGAUUGCGUUGACAAGUUGUAACAGAGAAGAAUAUAAGUUUUGAAGUGUUAUAUCUUGCAGUGAACUUAUUUUAUAUAUCAAAUAUGACUUCAUUUGUAGCAGAUGUGCUGGCUACAGCAGGAAAAUUGGAGAAAUUAAAUCUCCAGAAAAAUAUCGUGGAUAUACAGAAAGAGAUAACAAAAUUAGAAUAUGAAGUCAGAGAUUUCAUGGAUGAGAAUUAUGAUGAAUUUAGUGCGAAGUUAACACGAGAUGUACACUUGGUUAAGAAAACUGAGCAACUAUUGGAGGAAAUAAACAUCUUGCAGAGCAGAAUAAAUGAUCAGAUCAAGGUAGAACUGUCAGGUUCAACGAAGGAAUUGAAGAGUUUGUCCCAGAUGUUGAAAGAGUCAAAUAUCAGCCUGCAACUGUCUCAUCAGCUGAUAGAGCUGCACGAAUGCAUGAAAUCCAUAAGAAAGUUGCAAGAAGAAAAGCGGUUUGUGGACACUACCAAGACUCUGCUGCAGAUGCACUCUUUGCUGAACAACCCCAACAGCGUUGUGCACGAUCUCGAGAUCUACACUGCGAUCAAAAACGAAUACUGCGAGCUUUUCCGCUCGUGCUUAACGGAAAUAUCCAGGCUGUUGCGCGACCGAAUCUGCUGGAGUAGCGAUGUGAAAGACGGCAAAACGAUCACUUCCGUCACCAUCAAGAGCGAAUACGACGACAUACAAGAGCUGAUACAAGGCUUGCAUAUCAUUGAUCAUCUCGAGAACGAACUGAAGACGUUCUCCACGAAACUGAUGGAGCACAUCAUUAACCCCGUCAUUCACGACCACUGCUCGGUCUACGUCGUCAAGGAGAAAGUAUUUACCGUCGACAUAUUGGAGAGAAAGAAGAUGCCGUGCUAUAAGGGUGUAUUGUACAAUCUAAAGCUGCUCUUCAAGUUCCUCCAUCAGCACUUGAAUUUGAAAGUCGCGGACGACGAGACUUUCUUGAAAAGGAUGCAGCCACAUCUACUAGAGCAGUUGUCGCACUCGUUAACAACGGAUUGCAUCUCGCACACUAUCCCGACUUCUAACGCUGAUCUGAAGAACUUCGAGCCUGUCGUCGAGGCGAUUAACGAAUUUCAAGAUUACCUAGUGGAAAUCGAAUUUCUCUCCAAGGACCAGCUCUUCUUAUCGGAAUACACGAACAACAUCGACAAACUAUUCAUCGACAGAAUAUGUCAAGAUCUAUUGGUAAAGGUUCGAAAUAUCAUCAAGAAGGAUCUGCACGAUUCUGUGCGAUAUGAGCCGCAGGAGCCACCGAAACUUAUGAGCAAAGCAUUCGAAGACGAUCGUGAGUUGACCAUCGAAAAGAAACUGAGCGAUAUGUCGUUCCAAUUACCCAGAUGUCAGAUAAGCAAGAGCGCAAUGGAGACACUGGAGUUAGCGAGGACGAUAUUGGACGAAGCCCGUGAUAGCUCGGACGCUUGCGCCGUUCGGUUAUUUUACACCUGUAGAAACGUGUUCGGGAUGUAUGCCUGGCUAGUCCCAGAACAUCAUAGAAAAUUUCUGGAUACGAUACCGCAGCAAGUCGCUCUGUUUCACAACAAUUGCAUGUACCUCGCUCACCACCUGCUCACGUUGGCGCAUGACUACAGAGAUAAGUUCUCGAAGAACUUGCAAAAGUUGAACCUGACAUUUGCGGAUCAAGUCACGGUACUGCGAGACGUCGGUUCGCGGUAUUUCCUGGAACAUAUGAGGUAUCAGAGAAACAUCAUCUUCGACAUCAUCAAAGACUCGGGAUUUACGUCAUUGGGUCAAACGCCCGAGUUACAUCCCAGCACGGAGCGUGCAUUGAGACAAUGUAUCAGACAAUUGGAACUGCUGAAGACAGUCUGGCUGGACGUGUUGCCUAUCAAUGUUUACUGCAAAGCUGUCGGUUGCAUAACAAAUUCCAUGGUUGACGACCUGGUGACGAAGGUAAUAUCCGUCGAAGAUAUUCCGGUUGAUGUAGCAAGAGAACUGGUGGUUCUGUUCAAUGUGGUGGUGAAACGGGCGCCGCAGAUAUUCCCGGAUCCGAGUAAAAUUCAGCGGCACGUACGCAAGUGGGGCAAGUUUUUGGAACUGAUCAGGCUACUCGGCGCGUCACUGAAAGAGAUCGAGGUCAGAUGGGGAAAUGGGAAAGGACCUUUGGCGCAGGAGUUUACCGCUCCGCAGGUAAAGCAACUAAUUCGCGCGUUAUUCCAAAACACCGACCGAAGAUCUAAUCUCUUAGCUUCCAUAAGAUAAAAGUGUAAGACACAUAGAUUUAGGAGUUUAUGAAAUAAGGAAUAAAAACAGCCGACGUUUAUGUAUCAUAACAUUCUGCGUGAAAAUUUAAUAUGUGUAUGAGAUGUACCACACGUGGCAACCGCCUAGAAAAUGUCUUUCGCGGAUUUUCGUUGCAUUCGACCUUCCGAGUUCAUUGGACAUUCAAUUUUUUAUAUAUUUUUGUACGAAGAAACAGAUGUAUCGAAAAUAAAGCACUGAAUAUACCGGAUAAAUUUG